AUGGUAUUUGAUGCGCUAGAGAGAUUCGGAAGCCGGGCGCAACGAGUGUUAUAUUAUCCAAAGGACUGGGAUGUUAUCGCUGAUAGCGACAAUGAUCGGGACCGUCAAUUGCUCCGGCUGGCGAAGGUCAAGUACAAGGCCAUGCUGGUGCCAAUUGAGCUGGAAAUGAUCAAACCUGACGCAGGACCUGGCGAGGAAUGGGAAAAGAGCAUAUCAAAAUUGCUCGCGUUUGCUGAGACUGAGUUCAAUCGAGUUAUUCACCUCGACUCCGACGUCCUCCUACUGCAGAGCAUGGAUGAACUGUUCUUCCUUCCUCACACACCUGUCGCAAUGCCCCGCGCAUACUGGCUUCUCCCCGAACAAAAAGUCCUCUCUUCCCUCCUUCUUGUGAUCGAGCCUUCGUACCGCCGCUACAAAGCCCUCCUAGAUACGGCCCUUGGCAUCGAAGGCACCGAGGGCGAGAACAAACGGAAUAAAUAUGAUAUGGAACUUCUUAAUGAGUUUUACGGCAACUCGGCCAUGGUUCUGCCGCACAGACAAUAUGGUUUGGUAUCGGGCGAGUUCCGGUCGGAAAAUCAUACUAUGUUCCUUGGGAGCGACGACGAAGUGUGGGAUCCUGAUAAGGUUCUCGCAGACGCAAAAUUUGUACACUUCUCAGAUUGGCCGCUGCCGAAACCCUGGGUUAUGUGGCCGCAUCAGAUACUGGCUGAUAUUCUGCCGAAGUGUAAGGUCAACCCAGGUUCGCUGCAUGAGAGUGGGUGUCGUGAUCGAGAUGUUUGGAUGAAACUUUACGAUGAUUUCCGUAUUAAGCGGAGAGUAAGGCGCACUUUCUAUCAACCCCCUUUCCCCUCGAUAAAGGUCACUCGCUGA